AUGCUAGCAGGUCAAGUGGCACUGGUAACGGGUGCAUCUCGGGGAAUCGGUAAAGGAAUUGCCUUAGAACUUGGUAGAGCUGGUGCCGUCGUUUACAUAACAGGUCGACCACCAAAACAACAAGAAAGAGCCCUCAACAGACUUUUACAUCAACCAACACUCGUUGAAACCGCUAAGCAGAUAUGCGACUCUGGUGGCAAAGGGAUUGCUGUGUAUUGUGACCAUAGUGACGAGAAAAAUGUUCGAGAAUUAUUCAAACAAAUUUCAUCGGAACAAAAGAAUCGCUUGGAUCUUCUUGUGAAUAAUGCUUAUGCCGCUGUAACGGCCAUAACACGUAAUGCGAAAACGAAAUUUUACAAUACGGACACAUCGAUGUGGGAUAUUGUGAAUAACGUUGGAUUACGCAAUCAUUAUAUAUGCUCUGUUUAUGGUGCAAAAAUGAUGGCAUCCAACAAAAAUGGACUUAUAGUGACAGUGUCUUCAAGUGGUGGCUUACGCUUCUUAUUUGGUACUGCUUAUGGAACGGGUAAAGCCGCGUGUGAUCGACUUGCCGCAGAUAUGGCCCAUGAUUUAAUCGAUGAUAAUGUCACUUCGGUAUCUCUUUGGCCUGGUCCUGUCGUCACUGAAUUAGUCAGUAAAACUGUUCUUAAAACUAGUAGCAAUCAGAAAAGCAGACUGCAAAAAAUCUACGAAAAGGCCGAAUCAACGCAAAUGUCUGGCAAAUGUAUCGUUGCAUUAGCAAACGAUCCUAAUCGGAUAUCGAAAACCGGGCAUAUUUUAACAACAACUGCACUGGCACGUGAAUACAACUUAUAUGAAGAGGAUGGCAAAACUCAACCGGACGAUCCAUUUGUUGCUGGUUUCGAAGACUUCAUCAAGCAACUGAACGAAAUUCGAGCACCAAAGAUACGAAAGUAA